UACAUUAUUCGGUGCAAUACUCGUCUUGUCAGCAGUCUAAACAUAAAGGAAGUUAGCAGUUGUGCUUGUGCCGCGUCAUUGGUAACUACGAAUACUACGCAGUAUUUACUCUUUGCAAUUAAUAACAUCAAUCAUUUGAACAGCAUAAUAUUUUAGUCUUGUUUUAAGGUGUUAUAUCCAUAAAAGAGAUGGAUUCUGUAAAACAUGUUAUACCAUGGAAAAGUGGCCUGAAGAAAGUUCUGAAAUCCAACGGAUGUAAACCUGCAAUAUAUAUAAACACCUGUCAUACUCACAAUUUCUUUGAAGUCCUACAAUGUUUACGAAAAGAAGAAGUGUCAUGUGAUAUUAAGUUAAAAACAGAUGACGGUGUAAUAGUGUGUGCUCAUAAAGUGGUUUUAAUAUCAGCUAGUUCAUAUUUCCGUGCAAUGUUCACCAGUUUUGCCGAAGGGGAUAAAUAUGUUGUAAAUAUAAGAGAUAUAGAUUCCAACAUUUUACAACUGUUAAUUGAUUUUAUUUAUACUGGCAAAAUAAUGGUGACCGAACAAAACGUAAUGGUUUUGUUACCAGCUGCUAUUUUCUUUCAAUUGGAUUAUGUAAAAGGCGUAUGUGUUGAGUUUUUACAAAAACAAUUGAAUACUUCAAAUUGCCUUGAUAUCAAAGAAUUUGCUGAAUUUUAUAACUGUAUGGAAUUAUUGUCAAGUUCUACGGAGUACAUAAAAAAACAUUUUUUAAAAAUUGUUGAAGCUGAUGAAUUUUUAUCUUUGUCUUCUGAAGAAGUGAUUAAUCUAAUCUCCCGUACUGACAUUAACGUUCCAUUUGAAGAAAAAAUAUUUGAAUGUGUUAUUAAUUGGGUUAAACAUGAAUUAGAUUGUAGACAAGAUAGUUUGCCUAAAUUAAUGGAACAUGUUCGUUUGUCAUUAGCACCCCAAAAGUAUAUAUUAAAAAAUGUAGUUAAUGAACCUCUUAUUAAAAACAAUCCUAAAUGUAAAGAUUUUGUCAUUGAAGCUUUAAAUUUCCAUAACAAACAUCCACACAUUACUAUACCACCAACAAUUCGUAAUUCACCUAGACAGACUGGACUUAAAUUUCUUCUUGCCAUGGGUGAUUCAUCAGGAAUUGGGAAGUGUUCUACAAACUGGUAUGAUCCAGCAACCAAACUAUUGUAUACAACAAUAAAAAUGAAUAUGGGGUGUCAAUUAUGUGGUCUAGUCUUAAUAAAGGAUCAUUUAGUUUUUGCCUUGAGUGAUAAAUAUUCACGUUUAAGAUCAAUUCAAAUGCUUGAUUUAUCUUCACGAUCACUUCAAUGGAAACCAAUAGUUGACAUGUUAGUUGAUCGAGGCUGUUUUGGAGUUGGUGUCUUAGAUGAUCGUAUAUAUGCUAUUGGCGGUAGAAUUUCAUAUCAUUCUACUAAUUGUGCAGAGGUUUUUGACGUAAGUGUUCAAGAAUGGCGGAUGAUAUCUCGUAUGUCUACUGAUAGAAUGGACCACGGUAUUGGAGUACUCAAUAAGCUUAUAUACGCGGUAGGUGGUUAUAAAUACAACAAAGCUACUUUGAAAUCUGUUGAAUGUUAUGACCCCACCCUUGACAUAUGGACACCAGUCACACAAAUGUUCACAAGUCGUCGACAACCGGGUAUAGGAGUUUUAGACGGUGUAAUGUAUGCUGUUGGCGGUGAAUGUAAUGAUGAUAAUACUAGUUUAGGGAUUCUUAAAAGUGUUGAGGCCUAUUCACCAAUUACUAAAGUUUGGUCUCCUAUUACUGACAUGCACUUAAGCCGAUACAAUCCAAAAGUUGUCACAUUUAAUGGUUUGUUGUAUGUUAUUGGCGGAAUUGAUGAAUCUAUAAAUCAUUUGGACUCUAUAGAAAUAUACGACCCCAAUAACAACACGUGGACUUUGGAUACAUUGCCAACAAGUGAAAAAGGAAUUUAUGGUGCAGUAGUCUUUAAUUUGCCAUCACAUUUUAGAACUGAUUAGCUUAUACAUGGUCUCACUGUUGGUUGUUGUCAUAUUAAUUUAUAAUACAUGAACACGUCUCAGGUAUUUUAUACAUUUUUGAUUUUGUUAUUGUUUGAAUAAAAUGGUUUUUAAUAAUUUUA